AGUCGAAAUACAUUACAUGAUAAAAGCGGAUAUAUUCCGACUGGUAAACCGGAACCAGGAAUGGAAAAGAUUGCGGGAAAUUCUAUCAAGUAUCGUCAAAUUUAGUUUUACAUAAUCAGACAGAUAAUGGAUGAUGAUUACGCUUUGGCUCUUCAACUUCAGUCAGAAUUUUUUGAAAGCGGUGACAAUUUUCAUGAAUUUAGUAAUUCUGUCACCAAGAAUGGAAAUGAGCCUCGUUCUCUUGUUGAUCCAUUUUGGGAGGUAACAGACCCCAAUCCUGAUGUUAGGGCACUGUUUCUGCAGUUCAACGAUCGUUUUUUCUGGGGAAGACUUGCGGGUGUUGAAGUUCGAUGGAGUCCAAGAAUGACAUUAUGUGCAGGAUUAUGUUGCUAUGAGGGUCGUGGUGGAUUGUGUUCCGUACGACUUAGUGUCCCAUUGCUGAAACUAAGACCAAGAAAAGAUCUGAUCGAAACACUUCUUCAUGAGAUGAUACAUGCCUAUCUGUUUAUCACAGACAACAACAAGGAUCAUGAUGGGCAUGGACCAGAAUUUCAUAAACAUAUGUAUAGAAUCAACAACGAGGCAGGAACUAAUAUUUCUGUAUAUCACAACUUUCAUGAUGAAGUGGAUUCCUAUAAGCAACACUGGUGGAGGUGUAACGGUCCGUGUCAAAAUCUCAAACCUUACUUUGGUUAUGUUAAACGCUCGAUGAAUCGAGCACCUUCAAAGAAUGAUACUUGGUGGUCUCGGCAUCAGCAAACAUGUGGCGGAACUUACACUAAGGUGAAAGAACCAGAGAAUUAUGGGAAAAAGAAAAAAGAUAAGGAGAAAGAUAAGGAAAAAGAUAAGGAAGAUUCAAAGAAAAAGGACAAAGGAUCUGAAAAAUCGUCAGUGAAAAAUAUGGAUAUCAGGAUAUUUGGAGGUGAAGGUAAAACUUUAGGAAAAGUAACAAAGUCAACAAACACAGUUCCAAAAUCUAAUAGCCCAAUACCCAGUCCAAAUAUUACUAGUGCCAAUAAUAAACCACCAAAUUCUAUAAAUAGACCUAAGCCAACUUCAACAGUUUCCAGAUUUGAUGAUAAUAUAACAAAGGGAUACAAAACAGAACAGCCAGUGAAUGGUCAUGUGACUAUCUUACCUGGAGCAGUAACACCUAGUAAAACAGGUGUUUCUAAAAAUAAACCUGUCAGUCAAGGAGGAGUGGCCAAGUUUAAUGAUAAAAAGAAGAUUAAGAAGAUUGUAAAUAUACCAGAUUUCUCAGACUCUGAUGAUGACGACGAAUUUCUUUGCUCAAUUCCCAUUUCUAAUUUAUCAAAUACCUCCAUUUGUUCAACAGCGGUUGACCGCAAUAAAAGUGCUCAGGAAAGUUCUCAGUGGAAUAAUUCCAGUAUCGGUGAUACAAGCAUGAUCUGUGAUACUUCAAAUUCAAUUACAGAUCAAUUAAAAGAUAAUAAAGUGUUCAAAGAUAAACAGGAAACAGAGACUGGUAGUGACGUUACUAAUUUAGAUGAUAAACAAUUUAGAGGAACAGAUAAUGAAGUGAAUGAUGUCAGAGCUAUGUUAAGAAAGGUAUGGGGACAAAAACAAUUUGGAAACCAAACAAGUAAAAUGAAAGUUAAAGGUACAUUCAAAUCUGUGAUUCCAAAUUUAGACACAUCAAAGGCAUCUGAUUGUAGUUCCAAUAAAGUUGUCACAGGAGCUCAUAAAAGAUUGUCUGGGGAUUCAGGGUUUGGAGAAAAAUCUGCUAAAAGGCACAAAAACAAUAAUAUAUAUACAUCAGGAUCAAAUAAUUCUGACGUAGAUAAGAACAGUCAGAUAGAAAAGACUUCUCCCGUGAAACAAUUAACUUCACCAAUUGAUAAAUUUUUCAAAAAGACCGAGUCAGGGUCUACUACUCAGAAUGAUUCUCAUCAGAGUGCAAGUGUCUGUGAUAAAAUAUCUGUGAUAAGGGGAGAUAAUUCAGGAAAUAACAAUACCACGACAGAGACUACUUCUGACGUGUCUCCAUGUCCAGUUUGUAGUAAAAUGGUGCCAACAACUUCUAUAAAUGAUCAUUUAGAUCUUUGUUUAACUAUGCAAGCAAUCUGAGCCCAGGGGCCCAUAAAAUUUUAUCUAGACUUAUUUCAAGAUUAAUGGUACUAUCCUACACCUGAACUUUUACCUCUGAAGCUGCAUAUCCAAGCUUUUUAAAGUUGUGAGAACUGUUUGGCCAGCUGUCUGAUUGGCAAUAUGUGUUGAAGCAUCUAUUUGAAAAGGUGUUUAAAAUAAAUGUUGUAUUGAGUGAUAGAAAUACAAAAAUUUGAAGAAAAAAACUAUGAAAUAUGAACUUAAAAAUCUCUUGGUUGAAGUUUGAUAAUUAUGGAAAUUGAAGUUAUUCAUUUAAACUGAAACAUUUCCGAAUCUUAUUGUACGUCACGGUCACUGUCAUCUAGUACCCAUGAUUUUUGUGUCAUAUAGGGAUCACUUCUCUGUUGUCUGUCCAUUGGUUUGUCAUAAAACUUGUACAGACUACUCCUCAAAAAGUAAUGGUGCAAUUUCAUUCAGACUUUACAGGAAUGAUCAGUACCAAGUCUAGUUGUGCAUAUCAUUGGCAUUUUCCCGUUCAUUGAUUAUUGUCAGAGUUAUGGCCCUUUCAUUAUUUUUAUUUUUAAAUUUUGUCCGGACUACUCUUAUAUCACUAAUGCAAUUUUGGUGAAACUUCAAGGAUUAAUUGGUAGCUCAGUUACUUGCCGUUUUUACACGGAUUUUCCGGUUAAAUGAUUUUUAGGUUGAGUUAUGGCCCUUGAAUGAAAAGGGUGUUAAUGUUUGUCUGGACUAAUCCUCUUAUACCACUAAUGCAAUUUCAAUGAAACUUUACAGGAUUGAUCAGUAGCUCAAGUUCUUGCGCAUACACAGGUUUUUAGGUUGAAUAAUUUUUGGCUGAGUUAAGGCUAUCAUGAGGCGACACAUAUGAUCACUGAUCGCUCUUGUUUCCAGAAAAGAAAUAAACCUCUUUGUGAACAUAUAUAAUUCUUGUAUUAUCCAUAGUCUGUCUGAAAGCUAUUAUUUACCUCUUUACUAGUAGAUGCCACUUAUUAAGUAGACCUGUCUAGACCAUUUCUAUCUUGGGCAAUGUAUAUUUAAUGGAAUAUAAAUUUUCUAUUGACAUAAUUUUGCUUCUUCUUUUUUCCAAAAUGGCAACAAUAAGAUAUCUGAUAAUAAAAUGAGCCUCUUAAUUACCUAUGUAUUUAUAACUUGGAGAAAAUGCAUUUGGUUUCCUUAUAAUAUUAAUAAUCAGGGCAAAAUUGACGUUGCAUAGAAACAAAGAAGUUUGUGUACACAAAUGUUGUUGUUACUAUAGAAUGUCACACUUGCCCUGAUAAUCAUAAGAGAAACCAGUUGGCAAAUCAUUAAAUUAAAUAACUCAUGGGCUUUG